GGGUUUGCAGGCGGACGCUCACGACGGCCGGACCAUGCUGUUCGUUCGUCCAUCCUGCAGGGGCUUGCUGCGCAGUCGCGUCCAUUCCUUCGCCAGACUGAAUUCCACUGCUACGCCGAAGCAGGACAACAAGGCGUACUCGAAAACUCUCCUUCUCCCGAAGACCUCCUUCCCGCUAUGGAUAGACCCCGCGAAGAGUGAAGUGCCAUUCCGGGAGAGGACCUGCGACGCGUUAUACCGGGAACAGUGGGAGAACGCGCCGGGUCCUCUCUACGUACUGCACGAUGGCCCGCCGUACGCAAACGGUCAUCUGCAUAUGGGCCAUGCACUGAACAAGAUCCUGAAGGACAUCAUUUGUCGCUACCACGUCGCGCAGGGCCGACGGGUUCACUACGUCCCCGGAUGGGACUGCCACGGUCUCCCCAUUGAGAAUAAGGCUCUGCAAGAGAUCAAGAAGGAUGCCAGAUCCCUCGCACCCCACGAGGUUCGCCGAGCAGCGCGCAAGACCGCCUUCCGCGAGAUCGCCCAGCAGAAGGCCGAGUUCCGGCAAUUCGGCGUCAUGGCAGACUGGAUGAACGAAGACAGCACGUACAGAACUCUCGAUCACAAGUACGAGAUGCGACAGCUGCAUAUAUUCAAGCAGAUGGUUGACAAGGGCCUCAUCUACCGAAAGUAUCGCCCUGUAUACUACUCCCCUUCGUCACGAUCAGCUCUCGCAGAGGCAGAACUCGAGUACGCGCCAGAUCACUCCUCGCACUCGGUCUACGUAUCCUUUGAGCUCGGUGACCUUCCCUCCGAUCACGCUCUCGCGGGCGCCAAGUUGCUCGUCUGGACCACCACCCCCUGGACGUUGACGGCAAACAUGGCGAUCUCGGUCAACCCGGAGGUCGUAUACGCCGUCGUAAAGCACGUCGAAACCGGCGACCUCCUUGUCGUAGCAGAGGAGCGCAUCAAGGCACUCUCCAACGUCGUGGGAACGCUGGACUUGGUGCACACUCUGCCUGGCUCUGACCUCUUAGGACUCUCCUACAAGCCUCUCUUCCCCGGCUCUACCCAUACAACCGAGAUCAUCCCCGCAUCCUACGUUACCACGGACACCGGUACCGGCCUCGUCCACUGCGCCCCCGCCCACGGCGCCGAGGACUACGCGACCUGGAACACCACAGGACGCGGCGGCGAGCUUACUUGCCACGUCGACGCAGAUGGCAAGUUCAACGAGGAGACGCCGCAUCCGAACCUAAUUGGGAAGGAAGUUUUGGGUGAUGGCAGCGAGGCGAUGGUCGAGCUGCUGCGCGAGCGCGGACAGUUGGUCAAGGACCAGUGGAUCCAGCAUCGGUAUCCGUACGACUGGAAGACGAAGAAGCCAGUCAUCGUCACUGCGACUUCACAAUGGUUUGCCAACCUCGAAGACAUCAAGGGCAAAUCCAUCGAAGCGCUCACCGACGUCUCCUUCACGCCAGCGCAAUCCCGCAACCGCCUUGAAGCCUUCAUCCGCUCCCGCUCCGAAUGGUGCAUCUCCCGACAGCGCGUCUGGGGCGUCCCCAUCCCCUCCCUCUACCUCACACCCCCGGCCUCCCCCACCGAACAGACCGUCCUCGACUCCGCCUCCCUCUCCCACAUCCUCGCCGUCCUCGACGCCAAGGGCACCGAGCACUGGUGGAGCGGGCCCGUCGAGGACUUCAUCCCACCGCACCUCGCGCACGAGCCCGGCACGUGGCGCAAGGGCACGGACACAAUGGACGUGUGGUUCGACAGCGGAACGUCGUGGUCGAUGUUGGCGGGGCUGGAGGGUCAAGAAGGCCGGAAGCACCUGGCGGACGUCUGCCUGGAGGGCUCGGACCAGCACCGCGGGUGGUUCCAGUCGCAACUGUUGACGCGGAUCGCGACGAGCGAAGACGGGAAGUGCGCGGCGCCGUACAAGACCCUGAUCACGCACGGGAUGGUCCUCGACCAGCACGGAAAGAAGAUGAGCAAGUCACUGGGCAACAUCAUCAGCCCGCUGAGCAUUGUCCUCGGCGGCAAGGACAAGAAGGCGGAGCCUGCAUACGGUGCCGACACGUUGCGACUGUGGGCAGCAACAGUCGAGUACUGGCACGAUAUGUCGAUCGGCCCUGUCGUGCUAUCGCAAACUGCGGAGACCAUGCGCAGGAUUAGGAACUCCGUCCGCUUCAUCCUGGGCAACAUUGGCCCCGCCGAUCGCCGCGCAGGGCCACCCAUGGCGCCCGAGUUCACUCUCCUUGAUCGUUACGUUCUGCAUGAGCUCCAGCAACUAGAGCAAGUCGCGCUCUCGCAGUAUGCCUCUUUCAACUUCCCGAGAGUCGUCCACGCCCUCAACAACUUCGCCAACGUCACCCUCUCCUCGCUCUACUUCGACGUCACCAAGGACUGUUUGUACGCAGAUGCGGUCGACAGCGUCGAAAGGCGCACGGUGACGGCGGUACUUGAGCAGAUCCUCCGUACCAUGACCUCUGUGUACGCGCCCAUGCUCCCACACCUUGCAGAAGAAGUCCACUCGCACCUGAACCCCGGCAAUACCUCGUCUUUCUUCAAGCAGCCCUGGAAGCCUUUGGACCCUUCCUACGCGAGCCCCGAAGCCGCAGCAGAGAUGGGCGACCUCCUGCGCCUCCGGACCAUCGUCUUGGGAUUGCUGGAGAAGGCUCGGAGUCAGAAGCAACUGAAGAGCUCGCUCGAAGCCGACGUCGAGAUCUACCUCUCGGAAUCAUCCGGGUCGAAGGUGGCGGAUCUGCUGAGGAGAGAGAAGGACCUCCUGAAGAAAUUGUUCAUCACUUCCGACGUGCGCCUUGAGCAAGGAAGUGCGGACGAGACUGCAGCGGCAUCCUGGUCCUACACGGAAGCUUCGCCACUGGACGGCCUAACCAUCCGCGUCCGUCCCGCUUCACUGCACAAAUGCCCCAGAUGCUGGAAUUACUCACGACCCGCGGAAGCUACUCUCUGCGGGAGAUGCGAGGACGUGAUUGGCCGGACGCACAACUAAAGUAUCCGGGCUAUCGUAGUAGUCACAUAUAAUCGCCACUCACAGGUAAUGGAAGGGAUGCAUUGACCUCAGCUCUAUCUACAACUGCUGUGAGCCCGAGAGUCUCAUACUUUAGUGCCUGUAUGCGCCCCAAAAAGCGUGACACAUUGUGACACC